UACUAUGGAAAUGUACGUAAAGUAAUGUAUGUAAAGUCCUAAAAGUAUUACACAACGUUUGAAGAUUCUUUUUUUCCCACUUCAAAUUUGACUAAUUUAAAUCUAGUCAAACAAGUAGUUCCUCGAAAUUUAUCUCAAUCAAUGGGACUUUACAUACGAAAGUGAAUUGCUUUAGGCUGUUUUGUGAAUAAUUAAUGAAUAUGUAUGUAUGGUGACCGUAUAUGCAUGAAAUUUUGAAUGUAUUUAGCGGAUUUCCAAAGUGUAGUUUAGACUUGACUUUCAUGUGAACAACAUUGCCAUCGAAAGAAAAGACGGAAACAUAUUUGGUUCAAAAAAAAAAAAAUUUUUUUUUAUCACUGGAAGAAAAUAAUUAGUAGGAAAAUUAAGUUUUGAGAAAAAAGUGCAGUUUUAAUAUUUAAACAAUAUUUGUAAUAUUCAAACAACUCCAGCAGUGUCAAUUAAAUACUUGGAAAAUUAAGAAAAAUUAAUCUAGAGAUUCAUCUCUAGAUUAAUUCUUUCAUGUAAUUAAUUCUCUAAAAUGAAUUUGCAGCUAUUAGAAACUCUUCAGUAUUUUUUCUUAUUGUUAUUAAUCACUGGCUCUGAUUGUUUCACUUAUCCAAAGGAACUUUACGAAGGAAAUAAUUGCAAUUUGGAAGACGGAAGACGAGGUGUCUGUAAAGAUUUAAAAGAUUGUCCGGAGAAAUUGAGUGAGACUGUAAAAGGUAGAAGAAAUCAUUUGUCGAAUGAUCAUUGCAGUUUUAAUAAUCAAAACGAAAUUGUUUGUUGUCCUGUAAUUCAUCAUAAUGAAAUUAAACCAAGAAUCGCUGACAGAGCUUGCGAAGAAUUUGAAUUUGCUCAAAAAAUUAAACCUAAUGUGCAUAUUGUCAAUGGUUUCAUAGCAAGUGUAGAUCAAUUUCCCUUUAUGGUGGCUUUAGGAUACGAAAGCAGAGAUAAAUCUAUAAAUUAUAGAUGCGGCGGUAGUUUGAUUUCGAUAAAUUUUGUUCUAACUGCUGGUCACUGUGUUGUAAAUAUCGCUAAUGACAAACCAGUCGAGAUUCGAAUGGGUUCGGAUAAUUUAAAAGACGAUUUUAACAUGGUGCAAAGAAUACCAGUGGAAAAAAUUUAUCCGCAUCCUAAUUUCAAUAUUGGAACUCACUAUAAUGAUAUUGCUUUGUUGAAAUUGAAAAAUUCGGUCCGUGUCACUGAUUUCUCGAAACCAGCGUGUCUUCAGUCGAAUUCUAUUUUCAAUUUGGAUACAAGAGAUUCUUCAAUAGUUGCUUCCGGUUUUGGAGCGACGAGUUUCGAAAAUGAGGGCUCUGAUGCUUUAAUGAAAACUGCAAAUUUAAGUUUGGUAAAAAAUUCCCAGUGUAAUGUCAAGUAUAAGGGAGUGAGAAAAUUACCACGUGGAAUUGAUGACAGUAUGCUGUGUUAUAUUGAUCCUAAUAAGAUGAGUCGCUCCGACUCUUGUCAAGGUGACAGUGGUGGUCCAUUGACAAUGAUUAAUGAAGCCAAAAAUUCAGCGAAACUCAUUGGUGUUACUUCAUUUGGAGAUUUUUGCGGUGGUCCUGUUCCUGGUGUUUACACGGCAGUUUACAAUUAUUUAGACUGGAUCGAACCAAUUGUCUGGGGAAAUUCAUUUUAAUUUUAGUAAAUUAUUAUAAUUAUAAGAGUUUAGUAGGAAAAAAAACAAUUACCUUCUAUGUUAAUUAUUCCGUUGUUAAGGCAUUUCGAUAAAAAAAGAUGAAACAUAAAUAUUAUGUUAAUAAAAAUCCACUAAUAUUUAUUAA